ACCCUCGAUCUCCCCACCCCCUGUCUUUAUAUGCAAGUGUAAUCUUUUAUUUGUAGUAUUAUUAGUUUUAUUUUGUUAUAGUUUGUUAUGUAAAAUUAGUGGCUAAAUUAAAAGCGCAUUUUUCAUGGAGUUGAAAAAAGAUGCAAAAUGAUGCGUGUGUCGGAAACUGUUGGCAUUCUGAGUUUGAUACAUUGAUAGAUCAUUCUUCUUGAUAAUGAUAAGAUGCACUGAGCACUGCUGCAGUUUAUUAAAAAAAUAGUUUCCCCUCCAAAAUCAUCCUUUUAGCAGCAAGAAAAAUAGAAUGAUGUGUCAGAAAUUGUAGGCAUUCUGAGUGAGUUUGAUUCAUUCACUGAUACGCCGUUAAUCGUGUUCAAGAUAUGAUGCAUGGAGCACUGCUACAGGUUAUAUACCAUAAAAACACAGAAUGUUAAUUUUUAGAGGCAAGUAAUUUUUAGUUUUUCCGCCAGUACAUCUCAUCUGUAAUCAGAUUUUCAAAAGAUAUUUCCAGUUGAGCAGUCCACCAGUAACGUAAGAGUGACAGCAAUAGGAAUGCCCACUAGCAACAUACAGGGUGUGUUCCAUUCAGAAGUGAUCAUCCCUAUGCCCUAUUCCGUUCAAAAAAUUUACCAUUCACUGUGAGAGCUUUGGAGUGCUGCACGGUGUUGGGCUAGCAAAAAAAUAAUCACUUUUUAAGUCAUUUUUAUUGGAAAUUCAGCUUGAAGCGAUCUUACAGCAUGGCUAUCAUGAUUGUGCUCCCUUUAAUGUCCCCUUCGAAAGCUGAUUCAUCUUGUUUGGAACACAAGGUAACGUGACCUGCCUGAAAUGACACUAUGCUUGAUUUCUGUCAUCAUUUACUCACCCUUGUCUUUUUUAAGAUUUUUUAAGCUGUGCUUCCAUACAAAGAAAGUGAAUGGCGACCGUAAUUGUCAGGCAACAUUUUCAAGGCAAGAUUUCAAGUGAAUAAUGACUUGGAUUUAUAUUCUGUCCCUCACACAAACCAAUAAUAUGCCUUUAGAAGAAUUGGAUUAUAGUAUGUGAAUUGUAAAAUAGUUUUAUGAUGCUUUUAAGGUGCUUUUUUGUCCUUUUUGGUGUUUGACAGCCCCUGGUCCCCAUCCACUUGCAUUGUACAGAAGAGAGCAGCAUCAACAUUCUUCAAAUUAUUAACAGCACAUUUCACUUUGAAACACAGAACAGACUUUCAGAGCAUGGAAGAGACAACAGGAUUAACACACUGUCAUGAACACAGUCUUAAUCUUUCUGACUCACCUAAACUGAGACUACUCUUGAUUGGGGUGAGAGAAGCUGGGAAAAGUGCAGCUGGUAAUGCCAUUCUUGGCAAGAAAGCCUUUGAUGAGGUUGGAGUGAAGACCAAAGUAAGUGUCUCUUGUCAGGGUCUGGUGAGAGGUCGACAGGUGCUGGUGGUUGACACGCCAGGCUGGGAAUGGUUCAACAUCAAUGGCACCCCUGCAUCAAGUGGAGUUAAGAAGGAGAUGAUCAGGAGUAUGAGUCUGUGCCAGCCUGGUGCCCAUGCCCUGCUGUUGGUGGUGCCACUGUCAUUCUCGUUCUCCAAGCAUGAGCGGUGUGCCAUGGAGGAACAUGUAGAGCUGUUUGGUCCAGAAGCUUGGAGUUAUGCCUUGGUGCUCUUUACCAUUUUAGACAGAAAGCAGUUGUAUGGCACCACCAUUGAGCAAGAAGUGGAGGAGAACGAGGAGCUACACGGGCUUGUUGGCAGAUGUGGAGGUCGUUUCCAUGCUCUGUUCAGCAAAUCCACGGGGGGUGAAGACCAGGUGGCUGAUCUUCUGGCUAAGAUCCAGGAGAUGGUGGCUGCCAAUGGAGAAGUUGUGCUCUCCAGUGAUAAAGUCCUGGAACAGGCCAGGGAGAGAGAGAGAGAUGAGGAGAGAAGAGAGGAAGAAGAGAGGAAGAAGAGAGAAGAGAAGAUACAGAAAGUGAGAGUGGCACUGAAGGACAAGGAAAAAGACAAGGAGUUAAGAAGGUUGAGAAGGGGAACAAACAGGUACACAGAGAACAACGUGGAACAGAAAGACUCAACUAAGGUCAAUGAGAGCAGUGACCUCUCUGUCAGAGACAGAAUAGGCUGCAAGCAACAGUGAAUGAAGGGUCAAGACAAACAGGGCAAACUAAUCAGAUCCACCCUAGCAAAUCCCACAACUCACCACCAGAGGAAAUCUUUGCUUUCCACCUGUAACUGAUCCAUCCUGCUAUAACAACAGAUUGCAUUCUAAUGUUUCAGUCAUAAAAUUAAACUCUGAAGAUUUCAAUUAAUUUAGUUCAGCAUAAUGAAUAUAGUGAAAUCAGUAUCAACAACAAAGCCAUUCUUGAGAAAAUCAAGUCCAAUUUUGAUUCUCACACUGCAGAAACCAUGGAAGGACACCUACACCUACAUAUUAAAAACUACAUUUUCAUUCACUGUACAUUUUUAACUGUUUAGAAUGACAUUUCAUGAAAAUGUAAAUGUGAUCCUAUGCUGGCCUAUUUCAUGUGAUUCUGCUGUAUAUUACAAGCUUUUGGUGACCCACCCAUGAACAGAAGGUUUGAUUUAAUUGUGUUUAGGUUCUUUAUUUACAUGAUGACUUUUAGAAUAAAAACAAAGUUUAAAAUAUCAAUAUGCUUACAGCUCUGUCAAAAUAUACUGUAUUCUUCUUACUUUUCAUUGUUCAGAUAUUGUUGUGAAAUUGCUGUCAUGGUAACAAAAAUGUAUAUUACAACAUCAUGAAAUUUGUUUCAAAACUUCUUUUAAAAAAUGUAUAAACAGUAUUACUAAUGCAACUUUCUGCUCUGUUUCCACCGAUUUUAGAGUUUUAAAAAAUUAACACUUCACACUGACUUUAAGGAGCUCUGCACUCUGCUUUGUUUUCAGAUAAAAAAAAAAAAAAAAGGUAUUCUGAGGUGUUCUGUGACAUUUUAGUAUUGAUUAUACAGCGCCUUAUGUUAUUAAAAUGCAAAAAAUUUCAAAAUGCCUUAGGAAAACUUUGGGAGGGUUUUUGUGGGAACUUCUUUGGUAAGUCUUUAGUGAAACUACUGUAUAUGUUCAUAGUCAAGUCAGGUUGUCUUAGUCAUGUCAUGUUUGGAAGUCUGUUCAUAUUUUAAGUUCCUUAUUUAGUUGGAGUAACUUUCUGUUCCUUUUUCUUUUAUUUUAUUUUUUUUAUCUGCAGCUCUCUAUAAUCUGCAAGAUGAUCAGACUUUUUUGUAAUCGCUCCUCUGUUGCAAUAAGGGUAUCAAAAUAUUCUCUUAUAAAGAGUUAGAAGUGCCAUUUUG